CACAGAUAUGAUGGUCCUGCAACCUGUGCUUUGAGCUGUUCAUCUACUGGGCACUGUUUUUCAUUGGCAUCCAGUGAUGAGUACUGGCAGCUAGCUCAGCACAGACCUCCUAUAACAGGAUCUGUAGCAUUGUCAUGGUUUUCUACUCUAGAUUGUGUCCAUUUAUUGAAUGAUUUGGCCAUGGGAUUUUUCACCCGCGCUCUGCUCUUUGCUGUCACAAUAUUCCAACAGAUAACAUGCCGCAGCAUUGGUACUGAAGACAUUGGGGAAUACAUUGGAUCUAAUAUAGAGAUAUCAUGGGUGCCCAACCUAGAUGGACUGAUGCAAGGAUAUGCAAGGAACUUCAGGCCUGGCAUUGGAGGGCCUCCUGUGAUUGUUGCAGUAGAUAUAGAAGUCACCAGCAUUGACCAUAUAUCUGAAGUAAACAUGGAAUACACAAUGACAGUGUACCUGCGUCAGAGCUGGAGGGAUGAAAGGCUUUCUUACAACCAUACCAACAAAACUCUUGGCUUUGACAGUAGAUUUGUUGAGAAACUUUGGCUUCCAGAUACCUUUAUUGUAAAUGCCAAGUACGCCUGGUUUCAUGACGUGACAGUGGAAAACAAGCUAAUCCGACUCCAGCCAGAUGGUGUCAUCCUAUACAGCAGUAGAAUAACAUCAACUGUCUCUUGUGACAUGGAUUUAACAAAGUAUCCAAUGGACGAGCAGGAGUGCUUGUUGGACCUCGAGAGCUAUGGCUACUCAGCAGAAGACAUUCUCUACCACUGGUCGGACAAACAGGAACAGAUCCACGGACUGGAUAAACUUGAGCUUGCGCAAUUCACUCUUACAGGCUAUAAAUUUACAAGGAAGGUAAUGAACUUCAAAUCAGCGGGUCAGUUCCCCCGGCUGACCCUAAGCUUCCAGCUGAAGAGGAACAGAGGAAUGUACAUUAUACAGUCUUAUGUUCCAUCCAUUUUACUGGUAACCAUGUCAUGGGUCUCUUUCUGGAUCAGUCAGUCUGCAGUUCCUGCAAGAGUUUCUCUAGGUAUCACCACUGUACUCACAAUGACCACUCUGAUGGACUGUGCACGAUCUUCUCUGCCCAGAGCGUCUGCCAUCAAAGCUCUGGAUGUCUACUUCCUCAUAUGCUAUGUUUUUGUGUUUGCUGCCUUGGUAGAGUAUGCAUUUGCUCACUUUAAUGCGGACUACAUGAAGAGAAGAAUAAGAAGAUGACAGUGCGUGCCAAGCAGAAAAAUAAGGUGUCAAUGAAGGAUGGUAAUCAAGCCAUAGUCCCGCUCACCUUGUCAUUAUUGGGAGUGAAUCUUAACUUGGUGGAGCAAUACACUAACGUUCCAGGGCUAAUAAGUGAGCCCAAAUGUACAGGAAGGGCAAGUAAAUUACAUUCUUAUGAGCGGAAACCUGACCAAAAAAGUAGCCGACUGAAGACUUUACUGAAACCCAUAGAUGCUGAUACCAUUGAUGUUUAUUCAAGGGCAGUUUUUCCAGCUGCCUUUGCAGCAGUAAACAUUAUUUACUGGGUAGGCUACACAAAUUGA